CUCCGCGGCCGCCCGGCCCCAGUCGCCCCCCGAUCAUGCCCGUCGACUUCACCGGGUACUGGAAGAUGCUGGCCAACGAGAAUUUCGAGGAGUACCUGCGCGCGCUCGAUGUCAAUGUGGCCUUGCGCAAAAUCGCCAACUUGCUGAAGCCAGACAAAGAGAUUGUGCAGGACGGCGACCAUAUGAUCAUCCGCACGCUGAGCACUUUCAGGAACUACAUCAUGGACUUCCAGGUUGGGAAGGAGUUUGAGGAGGACCUGACGGGCAUAGAUGACCGCAAGUGCAUGACCACGGUGAGCUGGGAUGGGGACAAGCUCGAGUGUGUGCAGAAGGGUGAGAAGGAGGGACGUGGCUGGACCCAGUGGAUUGAGGGUGAUGAGCUGCACCUGGAGAUGAGAGUGCAGGGUGUGGUCUGCAAGCAAGUGUUCAAGAAGGUGCACUGAAGUGGGGGCAGACCUCAGUCCCAAGGAAUGAGUGGCAUAGACAUGUGGGCCAGAGCCCCACUCUGCACAGCAUGGGGCAGAAAUGUCUAGCCACCUUCAGGUAUCUGUUAGCAGUCUGUCUCUUGGCUUUGUCUCUUUUUCUUUUCUUAAAACCAAACCAUCCCAAUAAAAGUGAUCUCUGCUCAAGA